AUGCGGGUAGGGUUGACCUCUGUUGGAAUCAUGAUGUUGCAGAGGGUGCUGAUAUUGGGGUUGUUAGAGUACGUGUUAGCUAUGGAGUCAACGAUUCUGGAGUCGGAAUGUUGGAGCCAGGCGACUCAAGCCGUAAUAUCUUUACAUAGUCUUCGCGAGGCCGAAAAUGGAGGGUUGACCAUCGGCGAGAACCCGGAUCGUACACGUCCAUGUUAUCUAUUCGAUACACUUCAACGAAAGGCGAUGGCUUUGGUGGUUGCCAAAUGUCGCUCAUCGGAUAGAAAGGCCGCUCCGGAGGCGGGUGAGCGGUGCGAGGUGGUUGAUGAAUUGCUCGACAAAAAUGUAGCGGUGCAUUAUGGUCCGAGUAACGGUUAUGUCGGUCCGAGUAACGGUUAUGUCGGUCCGAGUAACGGUUAUGUCGGUCCGAGUAACGGUCACGGUCCGAGUAACGGUCACGGUCCGAGUAACGAAUAUGUGGAGGCAGAAAAGCUGGUGGCUAAAUGCAUUUCGAGCUUGACUCCUUAUAACUACCACUUGUAUAUUGAACACCUGAACCAUGUUGAGAACAUAUGCUUCCAUAUCCAUUCUGUUAUAUGGCAAGAACGAGCCCAUCAAUUAAUGAAUGGAUUAACACUUUCUGCUGAUACUGUUAUUGAAAAACUUCAACAAGGCGCACGAUCAUAUGAACGGAUCCUUACGAAACAAGAUAUAAGUUUGGAACAACAGGAACAACUGAUUCGAUCAAGCGAUACUCUUCAUAAAGUCAUUGAAGGAGGAAACCAUAAGGUCCAACAAGCCUUCGAUCAGAUGAAAAAUCAAGUCGAAAACGAACACGAAAAGAUUCAGUCUCUUUUCGGUGACAUCUUUGAAGGUGUCAAUAAACUCACUGCCUUCCAAAAAUACCUAAAACUCAAGGUGCUGGAUAUACAGACGGUUGCAUUAUAUGGAUUUCUCGUAUUCAUUACUCAGCAUUUGACGUCCACAGCGAGGACCCAGGAGGCUAGAAUUCCGGUCUUCUUUACGUGGACGGUAUUGGCGUUCAGCGAAAUUUUCUUGCUGAAGCAAUUUGAGUAUGAUGAGGAAUUGCAUGCAGCUGUUGUAUUUCUGACUCGGUGUGCUUUUAUGUUCUUGGCUUUCUGUUUUUGGAUCAAGUCAUAUGUUUACUAUGAGGAUCGGAAUAUUAAGGCCUUGAAUGCGGUUGCUGCCAAGGUUAAUGUGCUACACCACAAGAUGGAGCAAGUAUUAAGGACCGUUAACGUUACAGCUGUUAGUCAAUAUCAACCAAUGGAACCUCCAAUGGGCGCUCAAAUCAAGUCUGAGCAGUAUCGGUCCAUCUGCUACAGACGAAAAUCGGGAAUAUAG